AUGUCUUCAUUAACUUUACUUGCGGGCCUGUUGCUCAGCAACGGUGCUUCGGCGCGGGCAGACUCGUCCCUUGUGAAUGUACUCGGUACCAGACCACGAGCAAUGGAUGGCUCUCAACCCUCGUCAAGCAUCUUACCUGGUGCAUCUACCACCCCGUACACAACCAGUGCUAGCUCCCCGAACCCACCCUUCGACGCCCGAGAAGCUACCAUCGAGACUGUCCACCAUGCCAUAUACUCUGGGCUCUCCACUUGUCGCGAGGUCGUAUCGGCUUUCCUUGCGCGCAUUGAGACAUACAACAACCACACCAAUGCGGUUCUCACCCUUAAUCCCAAUGCUCUGGACAUUGCCGACUCCAUGGACAGAACUCUCGCUGCGGGCAAUGCUACUGGAUCCUUGUUCUGCGUUCCCAUCCUGUUGAAGGACAACUACGACACAGCUGAUAUGCCGACCACAGGUGGAGCUAUAGCAUUGAAAGACUCUCAGCCAACGGAAGAUGCACCAAGCGUGGCGGCCUUUAGACGAGAAGGGGCCAUCAUCCUAGGAAAAGCAAACCUACAUGAAUUGGCAUUGGAAGGCAUUUCUGUCUCAUCACUCGGUGGCCAAACCAUCAAUCCUUACGAUUCGACACGAACACCAGGAGGAAGCUCUGGCGGUACCGGCGCAGCAGUAGCAGCCUCCUUCUGCGUCUUCGGCACCGGCACGGAUACCGUAAACUCUCUACGCAGCCCUGCGUCUGCAAAUUCGCUCUUCAGCAUGCGUCCUACUCGCGGGCUGAUCACUCGGACGGGCAUCAUACCCAUAUCCACGACACACGAUGUUAUCGGGCCCAUUGCGCGUACCAUAAAAGACGUAGCCGUCGCACUAACAGUCAUGUGCAAGACAGGCUACGAUGCAGCCGACAACGCCACAGCCCUCGUCCCCUCUGCAAAUCGCGCCAUUGACUACGCAGGUAACCUCCCCUACGCCUCGCUCUCCGGGCUCCGUCUCGGCGUACUAAACGGUUUCUUCAACCGCACUGGUACCUCGGAUCCGGAAGUCGCGCCUGUGAACGAAGCCAUGGACGCCUGGAUGGCAAGAUUGACCGCCGUCGGCGCAACUAUAGUCCCCAUCAACGAAACGCUGUACAACGCAACCGCCAUCCAAGCCGCCUACGACGUCCAGCGCUUCGAAUACCGCGAGCUCAUGGAUGCCUAUCUCCAGCGGCCGUCGCUCGGUGGAGAGCAGCCCGACACGCUGAACGAGCUGUACGCUCUUAAAGCGAGCAACGUGUCCAAGGGCGAAUUCCUCGUGCUACCUUCGCAGUACGAGUAUGUGAACACGGCACUCGUGUCGUCGACGAGUAAUGCGACGUACCAAGAGCGCCGCUUCGGAAUUCAGAAUCUCACGGUCGCGUUGCAAAAUACAUUUGCAGCGAAUAAUCUCGACGCAGUGAUUUAUCCUGAGCAGAAGAAUCUCGUUGUGAAGAUCGGCUCGCCGUCGCAGUCUGGUCGCAACGGUAUCCUCGCUGCACUUACCGGUUCACCUGUCGUUACGGUGCCCAUUGGGUUCAGCAACGCGACAGCCGAUGCGCCCAUCGGUGUACCGAUCGGUGUGGAGAUUCUCGGUCGGCCGUUCGAAGAGCAGAAGUUGUUGGGUAUUGGGUAUGCGAUGGAGAAGCUAGGGAAGGUGCGACGGGCGCCGGCGUGGGCGAAGGAGGAAGCUGAGGUAUCCGAGUAUAGCGCUGUGCCGGUUGUGACGCCGGAUAGUGGGAAUGUGCCCAGUGUGUAUCCGUUGGGGACGCUGUAG